AUGGCAACAAGUCUGGCCUAUUCGCCAGAUGGCCUACAUAUAGCCACUGGAGGCCGCGACUGCCGGGUUAAAGUAUGGCGUGUGGCCGGAGGCCGAGCCCUGGUCACAUUUUCUGAACAUCGUGCUCCAGUAACCUGUGUUGCUUUCCCUCGCCAAAAGCCGAAGGUCGUGGUAUCAUGCAGCCUCGACGGCACUGUCCGAGCUUAUGACUUAGUUAGGUAUGCCAUUCUCGUCUGUUUUUCUCCCUACGCGAGAUUUGCUUUGAUCAGUUUUAUUGCAUAG